AAUUAUUUUUAUUAUUAUUCAUUAUCAACAAGUUAUAAAAUUAGUAUUUCAUAUUUAGCGAUAGUAAAUACUUUGUAGUGAACAUUAUUAAAAAUAUAUUUUUUUAUUGUCGUAGUGAGUAUUAUAACAUACAAUCAAAUGUUUAAAAUAAAAUAGUAUUGAAAAUUUAAAAUUGUAAGAUGGCUUCAGCCAAUCCACUUGAACAUGAAUCAGUAACCAUAUUUAGAGAAUAUCUACGGAUACCAACAGUUCAACCAAAUGUCGACUACAGUGAAUGUAUAAGGUUUCUUGAACGUCAAGCCCAAAGAUUAGGUCUCCCAUUAAAAGUUUACUAUAUGGCCCCUGGCAAACCAAUUGCAAUUAUUACAUGGGUAGGACAAAAAUCUGAAUUACCAUCAAUAUUACUCACUUCACAUAUGGAUGUUGUUCCAGUGUAUUUAGAGAAAUGGACACAUGACCCAUUUUUUGCAUAUAAAGAUGAAAGUGGAAAUAUUUAUGCUAGAGGAGCACAAGAUAUGAAAUGUGUUGGCAUUCAAUAUUUAGAAACGAUCAGAAAGUAUAUUACAGAAAACCUUAAAUUGAAAAGAACUAUACACAUAUGUUUUACACCGGAUGAAGAAAUUGGAAGUAAGUUUGGUAUGGCUAAAUUUGUUACAACUCGGGAGUUUGCAGAACUAAAUAUAGGUUUUGCUCUGGACGAAGGGAUAGCAACACCGAAUGAAGUUUUUGAUGUUUAUUAUUGUGAAAGAACUUCUUGGUAUUUAAUUAUAACUUGUACUGGCCAGACUGGACAUGGUUCAAUACUACAUGAGAAUACAGCUGGAGAAAAGUUACAAUAUAUAAUUAAUAAAUUUAUGAAUUGGAGAGAAUAUGAAAAAAAUAAAUUAAAAAACAGUGAUUUAGAACUGGGGGAUGUGACAACUAUAAACUUAACAAUGAUUAAUGGGGGGUGUCAGAUAAAUGUUGUGCCAACUGAAUUAUCAGUUACUUUUGAUAUACGGUUAGCAAUUGAUAUAGAUAUAGAAAAAAUGAAAGAAACUGUACAAGAAUGGUGUCGUAAUGCUGGUCCAGGUGUCUACGUAAAAUUUAAGGAUAAUCCAAUUCGUCUUAAACCAACUAAAAUUGAUAAUAGUAAUCCAUGGUGGAUUGCAUUCAAAAAUGAAUGUGAUAAAAUGGAUAUGAAAAUCAAUACUUGUAUAUUUCCCGCAGGAACAGAUAGCAAAUUUAUAAGAAACGUAAAAUUGGCAUACCAGUUUUGGGAUUUUCUCCAAUGAACCAAACAAAAACUUUAUUACAUGAUCAUAACGAAUUUCUAAACGAGAAAACAUUUAUUAGAGGUUUGGAUAUUUAUUACAAUAUAAUUAAAGGACUUACAUCGGUUUGAAAUUCAAAUUAUCAA